UCUCUGUGUUGGGGAUUUGUCGCAACUCUGCAAAGCUACAAAAAACUAGGAUCAUGUCGUCCUAUUCGCAUUUUGAUACAGAAAUAUGACAUCAGCUUGUUCCACCACAAAUUUAAACUUGCCCACAGCCUCAAUGUAUGCUACCUCUUGCCCGAAAUGCUGACUAGAGAACAUUUGUUCCUUCUCUUUCCCCGCUACUUUUCGUCUUCUUUCCCCUUUCUAUUUGCUCUUCGUUGUUCUUUCACAUUUCCAUCUGUAUUGUAAAGAGUGAAUUCUGUUUGCGAACAUUAUCAUGGAUCGUAGUGUCGUUUUCGCGCCGAGCGAGGGUGACGCGCCUCGAUGGACGGCACUAUCCGGGGAGAGGCGGAGCGUCCUUGUUGCUUCGCAAGACCACCUAGCGACCUUUGAUGAGCGAACGGGCAGCCUCCGAGCAUGCGCGUCACUCCUCGUGGAGGACCCGGGGAAGCAAUUUUUCGAUGGCGUCGCCGAUCUGGCUGCACCAGGAGACCGGCAUGAACAGCAACAUCAUGGCGGAAUGCAGAGCACAUCGGGCGCUUAUGUAGCAGCACAGCUCAUCCCGCACACUUAUCUCGUUGGCCGCAGCAGCAUGUUGUCACUCGAAGACCAGCACUGGUUUCGGGACUUCAGAUGGGCUAGCAGCGGUAACCCUAGCGGAAUCUUUCAACGACGAGCGAGCGAAGAUCUGCAUAUGUCAGCGCAGCUACACGCGGUGAGGACUGGACAGGACCAGCACCAUUCGAUUGUGAGCCCGGCCAGUCUCACUCGAACCAGAUCAAGUUCCGCGGCUUCUCUCAGUAGCGGCCUUGAGCAAGACCGCCUGCUGUGUCUGGUGACCGCUCCUGCGAUGCUGAGUCAUCAUCACGCGCAGAUGAAUCAUCAAAAUUAUAGAUGUAUGUUUGGAGCAGGACCCAGUGGGCAUCAGCAACCCCACAAUACUGGAUUCUCCACUAACCUUUCGUCGUCGUCGCAUAUGGGGACUGCAAGCCAUCACUCCUCGCAACUACUCGCUUUUGUCGAUGUCUCCUCCGAUCCCAACUCGGUUCGAGUUGAGCACGUCCACCGACACAGGGACCCCAUUGAUCUCAUGUGCUGCUCCCGCGAUCGCAUCUUCGUGGCUUCACGCUUUCACAUCAAUGUAGAGGACUUGUUGGUCCACCAACAUCACGUUGCUGAAAACGCGAUGAAGCAGGGUUCCGGGAGUGGGCCUGGGUGGGGUGCUUCUGGCAGUGUUCGGAGAAGUAACUCCAUCUCGAAUAACUUUGUCUCAUCGACGCACGGAACGCUGACGCCGGGAGUGGACUUCAACAUCGGCACGGGCGCGCUCAUCCAUCACAACAGCACGUCGCAGAUGUCUGGAGGCGGGAAGGGAGCGCCUGGCGCUUCUGAAAACGCCGCCAUGGAGGCUGCUAUGGAGCAUCAGGCUUUGAUCGCAGACCUCCUGGACAUUCAGCAUGCUGAGCAGGAAUCGUUGUCCUACGUGUGCAUCACAGUGUAUGACCGCAGCCCCGUAGGCGAUAGACUUCUUGCGCGCAAGCGCAUGUGGAGCAAAGUGGAGGGAGAGCUAGUCGCGCUGACCUGUGACGAUUCGGGGUCACUGCUUGUUUCCGCGGAUUCUGCUUCCCAUAAUCUGCGCGUCUGGCACCUCGAGUCUGCUCCGACGGUCGCGGACGAACGAGGUUUCCGCUCUAUCGCGCGUAGCCGGGCGGCCAAUCGCGGAGGAGGUGCUCUGAAACGUUCGCGAAGUGCAGAUGCCGGGCACCAAGACGCAGAUGGCGGCUUCUGCGGGCGAAGUAACCCACAAGCGAUCGGAGGCACUAGCAGUAUCCAAUCAGUGGGCGGACUUGGCAGUGGUGGAGGCUCAAGAAAUCUUGGAGGAAAUACAGAUAGCGCAACCACAAGCAGCGAAUCUAAAACUGCGGCAGUCGCAGCAGCUGGCGUCUUAAAGAACUUGGCAAAAAAGUCCGCCUCUGAUGUGGCCAAUAUGACGUCUGAUCUCGCAAAUAAGGCGAAGGACACAUUGUCCAGUCACGUCAAAAAGAGUGCGAGUGGAACGCAACAGCUGAAAGACAUGCUAGCGGCUGAUCACCGUGAGCAACUGCGCGGUGAGACGCAGCAUAAAGAAGACCUUCUGGCAGCGUUUCAAGGCCGAAGAAAGAACGUCGAAGAAGAGGCAUUGUUCUUGCAGUCCUUGACACCCUGGCCGAACGUGAAACACAUCUUGCGUGGGCACCGCGACACCGUCCACGCCCUUGCCGUGGAUCGGGACUACCUCUAUUCGGCCAGUGCGGAUCGGACGGUGCGCAUGUGGGUGCCGAAUGUGGGCCACUGUCUCAAGGUGCUCACGCAAGCGUGUGGCCAGGUGGCGAACACGCUGGUUAUCGACUCGAGCUACCUCUUUUUGACUUCUACGGACUCCCGGGUAGACCGUAACAACUACCGCAUGAAGCAGUCAAGUUUUCUGAAAGUUUGGCACCGUGAUUCGCUCGAAAUGCUCAGCCAUUUCGAGCCACCGCUGGUCGAGGAAGAUCAGGACUUCGCGAAGCACAUGGGAACAUUUGGCAGGCAAAGCGAAUCGUCGAAACAGGGAAACGAACAAGGAGCGGAGCGCAAACUCAAAACCGGCAAAGCUGGAAGCCUUCUCGCCAAAUUGCGUGACGUAACAGUGAAUCGCGUGCUUUCUGUAACUGCGCGUGAGUCCGCGGUUUUGGUGCCGAGUCUCACGCAGCUGUCCGUGACGCCCUCUCGCAUCAUCGCACUUUCGCCUGACGUUGGUCAAGUGUUUUCUUGGCAGCGUGGAUCAGGUACGAUGCCCACCGCCGGUUCUGUGCCUCGCAGCCUUUCAAGCUCAGAACAGAUGUUGGAACUGGCGCGCACUAACAACUUUCACGAGGACUGGUUGCCCGCGCGUUAUCUCGCGAAGCAAAGCUUGCGCGGGGUGCGCGCAAUGCGGAACACGUGUCUGAAGCUCUUCCCUCAGGCAGAGCUUCUGCUCUCUGCAGGUGCCGGGACUGUGAAAGAGCGCAACGUGUUCCUCUGGGGCUUGGACACCUCACGUGUCGAGGGCUACUUUCGUGCAGUUUCGAAAAUGGAACAAGCGAUGCUGCCGCACGCAACCCGAAGAGGAGGGGCCCGUGGCCAAGCAUUUACUUCGCACAAAAGCGGCACGGCAACCGGGACGGCCAAGAAAGAGCGAACCUGCCUUGUGCGGGGCCGGCUGGUGCCUAAAAAUGUUCCAGUCGUGGUUUACCUCGACCUCGUUCCAGGCCCUGCGUGUCGCCGCGCGUUUGCGAAGCGCUCAGGACCAGGAUCCACGAUGCAGCAGCUGUUGGGCAAAUCCGGUGGGGCGACAAGCGCCGCUUCAUCCGCGCGCUUGAGUGCGCUCCAAAACGUCAGUCGGGUCGCUGCGCUUUUUAGCGGAGGACUGAAGAAUGGGGGAGCGAAAAACGGGUCCCCGAGAAGCAUGCCAUUCGCGUCACAAAGCGCACAAUUGCCGUCUGCGGACCACUAUGGUGUGCGCGCCGUGACGAAUCGCGGCGAAAUCUCCCACUUUUUCGGACCGCUCUUCCAGCGUCGCGACGAGGAGCACCACCAGAUUACGGGAACAAUUUCCAAUGAGACUGUGCUGGUCGACAACGUUUUGUCGGUUGCGGCUGCGCCCUAUGAUGUUGAGAAAUUGGUGAUUCUCUCUGGCCACGGUGAAAUCCGUGUUAUCAACGCAUUCAUGGGCAAUACGCUGCGCGUGAUUUCGCUCGCCACUGAUGCGACGAUGCUGACUCUGGUACCAGGAAUUACGCAAGCGGAAGAGCAGCACAGCGCGUCUGAGUCGCAACGCGGUGUGCAUACUCCCGUCUCACAACGCGGCGGUUCAUCGCCUCAAUUUUCAUCGUUUGGCCCAGGCGCGGGAGGAGGUGCGGGUGAACAGAAGCAAGACAUGGGUGGGCAAGACUAUUCCGAUCUUGUCGUGGCACACGUCGACGGCUCCAUGCAAUCGUACGGAGACGUUCUAGCGUCACUGGGUCAAAGCAAACCACUUCAGCAGAAGGGACACAGCUAUUACACCAAUCAACAUCGCAGUCUCAGUGCUAUUGUAGAAGCCGAGGAAGCAGCGGCAGAGUUGGAACACCCGCCGCUUCUACUGGCAGAGGCGGAACGCUCUAGAUCGGGCAGCGGGGCGCCUGCGCCGAUUGUACAGCUAAUGGGCUUGAAUCUCAUGAGCUUGGCUCGAGGGGACGCGAAAACCGAGAAGGGCGGUGGCGCUCGCCGCGUUCCUGCUUGCGCGUUCUUGUCCGCGACAGCACACAGUGUGAAAGUUUGGCGCCGCAUUGGUGGAAUUCCGACGACCGCUUCGAGUGGUAGUAUGCGGGAGCAAAGUCAUCGUGCUUCUAAGAGGACACCCUUCGGCGGCAUGAGCCCUGGAUCCUCCAUCGCCGAUACACGCGCAGAAGAGCGUUUGCCAACUUUGGCCUCAGCGUCAGAACGAACUCGUGGCGUGCCCGGUGGGAAUCGAAGUGCUGCAGCGUCAGUUUCACCCGAAGAAGAAGAAGAUGACGAUGAGAACGAAUUGCCAGAAGACGACGAGGUUGGAAGCGCUGAUGAUGAUCUGAUCGCGCGCGAGGGAGAACACUUGGCACGACCGCAAGGCUCGCGCUCGCCUGCAACUUCUGCGGUGCCGUCCCCGCUGCAGUUCCCUGCAGUGCCCAAUAUCUUCGCUGACGAAGAAAGCAAGCAAAGUGCUGGUUAUGAAUGCGCGAUAGAGCUCGCAGAGCAUGGCACUGAGGACUUCGGGCCGAUCACGUGCAUUUCGAUUGGGAGUUUGUACGCUUCUGCUGUGUGGCAAGUGUUUGUGGGCUACCGCAGUGGCCACAUUGCCAUUUGGGAGCUGCGUGGCACGAGUUCGCGUCGUAACGCACGCACCUCGCUAUUGUACGGCGAUGGUGGGGCGAAUGGAGCGCGACUGAGCCUGUCCGCGCAUUUGCUUCGUACCACUCGGCCCCCAGGAGCCUAUGUCGAGCUCGAUUGUGGCGGACUGCUUGAGCCGAAGACCUGGCGUUCGAGCGCGCACACUGCAGAAAUAGAGGCACGGUACGAAGUUACAGCUAUGGCGUUCGAUGAUACAACGAACCAGCUGUGUGUGGCAGACUUGCAAGGGCAAAUGCGGAUGGUUGAGAUCCGUUCCGGGGUCUACGUCAAAAACAACGUAGACGGGUUCUGGAGUCGGAGUCCCGACGUGGUGCGCAGCUCCUGUUCGAAUCGCCUCUUCUACGCAGGUCGCGCCCACGCCGUCACCGACGGCGAAGAAGAGCACAACACGAUCUACGUUUGCGAUGUCGGCAAUGGAAAGCACCUGGGCACUCUCGAGGGGCAUCAAGGACACAUUUACUAUUUGCAGGUGAUCACUGUGGAUCGGUCUCACCCCUGGUUCGAUCGGCAUUUGGCGCAUCGCGAACACAACAACUACAUUCGUUUUCGUACCAGCACUGGGAAUCCAGCGGAAAUGCCUUCCACUACUGUGUUCACGACCGAUCCAGCUCUCCAGCCUUCGGACGCUGUUGGGGCGUCCACGAUUAGCCAACCAGCUGCCGCCGUCGCACAUGCGGCUGGUAUGUUUGGAUCGAUCGCUGAGUUGGGGGAGCAUGAUGGCGCUGAGGUAGAUUCGGCAAUGUCAAGUGGGGAGGAAAUCGACUCUGCGACGCAGAGCCAGGAGUUUAUCGUUUCCGCGUCGACUGAUGGGCAUCUGUGCAUCUGGCGCAGUGAGACGGGGCAACUCUUCCGCACGUAUCAGGGCCACAUGAAUGUGAUCGGUGUCGUUCCGAUUUGGGAAACGCUACCCUGUGGAGCGUACGGGAGUGGUGUUACCGCCUGCGGAAGCAUCGGAGGAUCCACGGGCCUCUCGAACGCGGAACAGCCAGGGAGCAAAGCGAACACGCCGUCAUUAUGGGUGCUAUCCCUGGCGCGUGAGCAGGGAGAAAACCGUGGACAAUUUUCGAUUGUAGGACCGCAUGGAGCCGCAAAGCGGGCUGGUAUGAAGAGCAGCCCACUUGUCUUCCACGAGCAAAGCGAGGUACCGGAACCGGAGCGUUUCUUCCGCUACCUGCAAAUCCGGGAUGCCAACUACGUUCACCAUCCGUUGUUCUCACAUGGAGAGGACACAUCGUGGCUCAAGCACCUUCCCAGCAGCCGCUCUUGGUAUCUUGGUUCGCAUGUGACGCGCGCGCGGAUCGGUUCCAGUAACGGAAGUGAGGAUCCUUUUUUACUUUUCGCACCUGGCCGUUCAGCGACUUCCCGUCCGAGUGCUUUGCACGCGUCUCCCAGUAACUCCCCGCCGUCCCUGCAACUCGUGUGGCAGGACAACGGCCGAAUUGUCACUUCGUCCUUAGGAGGACUGUUGCCGGUGUCGCUGAUUGAGCCUCUGUGGUACUCGGAGUGGAUCGCGCGGCUCGCCGCGGGGGCCGGCAGCCAUCAGAACGAAGACGAAGAUGAUGCCUAUCAGGGGUCGGGGCAGUUCAAGCUCCUCGACGCUCCUCUGCUCAAGUACGCCACAUCGUCGGGGCUUGCGAAUGGCGAGGGACGCGGGAACGCGGACAAGGCCGAGAAUGGCUCAGGCGCCUCGGGCGGGGCCGCAAACGUGUUGGGGCAGACCAUUGGGCCAUUAUAUGAUGAGCUUGGGCGGCAUUACAUGGCGUUCGCGCGGCGACUGUCGCAGCAUCCGUGGUUGUUGCAUGCCGCAUUGAACUUUGCGCGCUUCUACCAGGAAGGCAGGCCGCAGGCCGUGCUGGCGUUGCAAAACCAGAACGCCGACAUCGAUGCUGGAAAAUUUCAGAGCAGGACGAGCGGCGGUAAAUGUAAGCAUGGUUCUCCGAAGGUGCGCUUGUCGCCUUUGUUGCCGUAUCGCAUGCGGAUGGUAAAAGAAGGUGGCAACGCUCUAGUGGGCGGAUACCGGACCCAGACCGUCGAGUCCACCGUUCUGACCUGCCUCUUGUCGGUGGUCCUCGCGAACGAUCCGUUUCACAGCAGGGAAAAAACCGUUUCCAACAUUUUACAUCGUGUGGCCGACUGUCUGAAGAGUCGAAACAGUCGACCCGCGGGACAUCCCGAGGAGCCACCUGAGGUAAAGCAGCCGGCGGUACUCGUGGCGGGUGGACAGCAGGGCCGCGAUUUCGCGAACGGAGUCCCAACAACAGGGUCGUCAUCUGGGUCCAGCAGCAACGGCUCUGCGACGCAGCCGCCUAGUGCUGCGAGCAAGCAGGGUGCAGGAAAGGCCUCUUCUGGAACCUCUAAUAGCGCAGGUGGGUCUGCAACUGUUGCACUUGUUCCGACGUCGGGCGCACUUGUCCACGCAGAAAAGGGGCCAACCGAGCACGCACUUCUGAGCGGUUUGAUGACGUCGGCACCGCCUACGGCCACCGCGACAAAGCUGGCCGAAUUGACUGGGAGUCUCGACGACGAGCAGUUUGUCCACGUUUUGUCCAUUGCGGCUGCGAACUAUCCAGAUGCGGUGGACCACUUUCUGCAGGAACUACCGCUGCUGAUGACCGACGAGAAGGUAACGACUCUUGAUAUGCGCUCGCCGUACUUCGAAUUCAAACAGCCAAUCAUGGCUGCAGACCCCGUGGGCUCGUUCGAGGUCUGCGGUUCCCAGUCCGCGGUCGGCGUGCGCGUCUGGCAAGACUUCAUCGACCGCAAGAAGCGGACUGCAGCGCGCAACAAGCUGCGGCGGUGCAGCUCCCCUAUGGGAUAUCUCCGCUGGUUCUUCAGCGGUCCCGACGAGUCGGCCUACGCCGCUCCGGGUUCCCAGGGUAGAACUGGCGGCGGUAGAACAAUGAGCCAGAGUAGUGGGGCCGUUAGCGGCACAAGCAAUUCUGGCAACUAUGCCAGAGGUGAAGAUCGCGAUACUACAACUUACUUUCGUUCUUUGCUUGCACAGAGCGGGCGAUUCGAGGUUGUAGACGCUGCGCACCUAAGUAAGGCUCCGUCCGUGCGCAGUGAGGAAGAGACCGUAACGGAACUAUUGUACCGUUCAGUUUUCGAUGAAGCGCCGCGUCGGGGCAACGAACCGGGCCCGUUGCACCCGAACGCACGUCGUGUCGAUAGCGUCUUGGGGCAGCCAGUAAUUGUUCCAUUCCCUGGCUUUGCACAAGUAUUUCUAGAAGAUCCACUUACGCGGUUACAAGGCAAACCCAAAACAGUGGAUGCGUUUUCAGCAGUCUCCACAUCAAGCAAAGCAAAUGUAAGAGAUUCAAGUAGUAGCACUAGUCUUCCUGCGAAGAUGAAAGCCAAAUUCGGAGCGGUGGAGGCCAGCACCGUUGAGGCAGCGGCCGCUUCUCCGCGUAGUAACAACGGUCAUAGUCAUGAUCAACACGGCGAAGAAGGACACGAAGGUGGAGUCGUUCCUGAGACUCCACCUGCAGUUCGAGCAAUUCUGCAUGCAGCAUUUCUAGUCUUCAACACAUUGCAUAGUUUCUACGCGCUUUUCUUAGUCUUCUUCACAAACCUGUGGGACCGCCGCCGCGGAAUGAACGCGCUCCCGCAGAGCCGUCCGCGACGGUAUAGCUUUUUGCAGGCGGCAGUAGACGCACCAGGCGACCUCUUCUUCGACAACUUGUUUGUGAAAACUCUGAUUCGCUUCAAGUGGAACGCCUUUGCUGCGCAGAGGUUUCAGAGAGAGUUCCGGUCGGUGCUCUUGAUUCUCUUCCUCCAUAUACUGUUCACUCUGACCAUGCAUCGGGGCAUCGCGGUGCAGGACGAACGCGACCUGCUCUUCGCGAAGGGGUUCGAGAUGAAGAACGCGGGACCAAAUGAACGGGACUUUACGGCCGGAUUAGAUGUUGCGCGCGAUAUUUCGCAGGCCGACAAGGAUAGCAGUGAGUACGACUUGUCCUUCGAAAUCGUGCAGGGCUACGGUUUCGAUCUCGGUAAAUUUUCAACCUGGGCUCUCUUCGUCUACGUGCUCGCACAACUAGCAGCUUUUCGCGCCAAGCAAUCAGCGCUAGGCGACGUCUUAUUGACGCACACCAUGAUGCAUCUGCACUUCCUCAGCUACCAGAACCCAAAGCUAAAGGGAACGGACAUUUUUCUGGCCAGUAACACCACUAGCUACGACCUCCAGAGCUACGUUAUUCUCUUCUCAGCAGUCCUUUAUCUCCGAAUGGUGGGUGCGGUGUUGUACUAUCUGCAGGUGAAUCCAUACUUGGGACGUUUUAUCAGAAUAUUGAUCAUGAUGGCGGUGGACGUGCUUCCUUUGAUGAUCAUUUUCAUCAUAAUCGGCUUGGGAGGUAUGUUCACAGCCUUCUUGCUUGUCUUCGCGCCAUAUUGGGAUGGCGACAGGAGCUUUUGGCAGCUCUGCAUAGACUUCUGCGACGUGAUGUACCUCAUUCUCCUGUCCGUCUCGCAGGGUGGUAAGCCCGUCAUCACGUAUCAACCGCAAAUGCAGGGCUUUCAGGUACUACUGCUAAGCAAUCACUCACUCCCUCCCUCCUCUCUCAUAGCAAUGUUAGUAAAAGUUCCAGCUCCAACUGUUGGCCUUACUACUUGAAGUAGGUGAAGUCACAUUUACUUUCUUGUCGAAUCGACUUCUAUCGAGUUUUUUUCUAAACCUAGGCCUCUUUCAAUAGGUCCCUUCGAAUAUUCAACUUUUCAUAUCUCACUCACUCCAGGACUUGUAUCUUCCGUACAUUCGGGUCUUGCCUGCGAAGUUUAUAGCGCAUGCGCUGGGUGUGAUCAACUAUAUUUGCAUGUUGCUCACCGGUGCACAUAUGACGGCCACGGUGAACCGCGUAAAGCAGCAACAGGCGCACAUUUUCGAUCGGAUGCGCAGUGUAAUCAUUUUAGAGUACGAGGAAGAUAUGGACCCCAAUGACGAACGCUAUUUCCCAAGGUACUUGCAUGUAAUGCUGCCCCAGAGGAACAAAAACCCGGAACACACGGCAGCCGCACCACCAGCUCCGCGUCCUCCGGCGCCACCUGUCGCAAGUAAAAGUAGUGAAGCUCCUUCGGGGGAUAGCCAGACUUCUUCUAGUGGAGGAAAGCGGCUCACAUUAGACUCAAAGGAAAUGGAGGCUUUGGUAGAAGCUUUGUCCACGCGGCUAAUGGAGAAGAUGGCUAGCGAGAAGGUAGCAAAGACCGCAGCAGCAAGGAAAGCAAGUAGCAAUGGUAAUAAUCAGGACAAAAAUAGAGACAAAACUUUAUAGUAAACUUCAACAUAGCAUGUAUGUUGGAAGAUAGUUCGACUAAAGUAGAAUCUUGGAUCCUUUGUAUAGAACAUUGGUAAUAACACCAGGACUUUCUUCAAUGGAUUUUUCUCAUUUGCAUAUGUAGUAGACCAUAUGAAAGAAGAUUAUCGCAUGAAUACUUAAUGUACUGUGAGGAAGAUCUUGAUAGGCAUUUUGCUGGCUAGAUUUUUUAGAUCUCAAUGUUCUACAAUGUAGUAAACAAACAUUCCCCGCCCUAGCUUCCGGCGUGCUGCAAAUCUAGACUCGUCCUCCCAAGAGUAUCCCUUUUUUGGGAAGGUGUAGGUCCCGCGACGCCCUCGAUGGUUCGGAGACCGGUAGCAGUCCCUAUUUGCAAUACUAUGUAGUGAACAAACAUACAAAACAAGCUCAAAUCGCGGGGUUGCAAACAGUAUCUGUAAGAAGACUGUCGGAAAAAUGUACUACAGUGAAUACUUUGAUUGUAUAGAAGAUCGUAUCGAUAUAUUUUCAAAUCUGAAGCAAGUCAUAGUACUAUUGGAUACAGCAGUACUUUAACGGGAAUAAGUACUACGUACAGCCAUGAUCGCAAACAAGUAGAUUGAAUGCAAUAGAAUUGUGUCAGGCAAUUGACGG